AUGGCUUCUGCAAGAAUUGAUCCCAACUCUGCUGUGUACGCAACUGAUGAAUACGGUAGACCUUUUAUUAUUGUUCGUGAAGGACAGCAAAAGUCAAGAUUACACGGAUUAGAUGCUAUUCGAUCUCAUAUUUUAGCUGCUAAAGCUGUAACCAACAUUAUCAAGUCGUCACUUGGACCCAGAGGCUUGGAUAAGAUAUUGAUAUCUCCUGAUGGUGAUAUCACAGUAACUAAUGAUGGUGCUACUAUUUUGGAUCAAAUGGCAGUUGAACAUCAAAUUGCAAAGUUACUCGUUCAACUUUCAAAGAGUCAAGAUGAUGAAAUUGGUGAUGGUACAACUGGUGUUGUUGUAUUGGCUGGAUCUCUUUUGGAACAGUGUGAACAGCUUUUGGACCGCGGUAUUCACCCAAUUCGUAUCGCUGAUGGCUUUGAACGUGCUUGUAAUGUUGCUGUUGAGCAUCUGGACAAAAUCUCAGACACGAUUGAAUUCAGUAAAGAGAAUCUCGGCAACUUGAAAAAGACGGCAAUGACCAGUUUGGGCAGUAAGAUUGUAUCCAAGUGCCACGAGCAGUUUGCCGAUAUUGCUGUGAAUGCAGUUCUGUCCGUUGCCGAUCUUGAAAGAAAGGAUGUUGAUUUUGAAUUGAUCAAAGUAGACGGCAAGUUAGGUGGAUCAUUGGAAGAUACCCUCCUUGUUCGUGGUGUUGUCGUUGACAAAGACAUGUCUCACCCUCAAAUGCCUCGUGAAGUCCAUGAUGCCAAGAUUGCUAUUCUAACUUGUGCCUUUGAACCUCCUAGACCCAAGACUAAGCACAAGCUUGAUAUUACAAGUGUAGAAGAAUACGAAAAGCUCAAGAAUUAUGAAAGGGAAAAGUUUGAACACAUGAUCAAGCAAGUCAAAGACUCUGGUGCCAACAUGGUCGUCUGUCAAUGGGGCUUUGAUGACGAAGCCAAUCACUUACUCUUACAGAACCAAUUACCUGCUGUCCGUUGGGUAGGAGGCCCCGAAAUUGAAUUGAUUGCUAUCGCCACUAAUGGUCGCAUCGUACCUCGUUUUGAAGACCUUGCACCCGAAAAGCUAGGCCAUGCUGGUGUUGUACGUGAAUUGACAUUUGGUACGACUAAGGAUAGAAUGCUGGUUAUUGAAGAAUGUGCAAAUACCCGUGCUGUCACUGUCUUUGUCCGCGGUGGCAACAAGAUGAUCAUUGAUGAAGCCAAGCGAUCCCUCCAUGAUGCCAUGUGUGCCGUCAGAAACUUGGUGCGCGAUAAUCGCGUUGUCUAUGGUGGCGGUGCUGCCGAAAUUAGCUGUUCUUUGGCCAUUUCCAAGGUAGCUGAUGAGAUCUCUACUAUCGAACAGUAUGCCAUGCGUGCCUUUGCCGAUGCUUUAGAUGCUACACCAUUAGCUCUCGCCGAAAACUCUGGUUUACCACCUAUCGAGACUUUAGCUGAAGUCAAGGCUCAACAAGCCACAACAGGUAACCAUCAGUUGGGUGUCGACUGUCUGUACAAGGGAUCAAAUGACAUGAAGGAGCAAUACGUUUAUGAUCCUCUCAUCUCAAAGCGCCAACAAUUCUUGUUGGCUACUCAAUUAGUCAAGAUGAUCUUAAAGAUUGAUGAUGUUAUUACCACUACUGAAGCUAUGUAA